GACGAAUUUCUUAAAGCAGCAAGGUGCAAAGCGGCAAAGAGCCUACCACACGCGGAGUCCGACCUGGCUGAGCCGCUGACUUGGAAGACAACCAGGUGAUGGAGGAGUAUGAGAGUGACAGUCCAAUAAUAUAUUGUCCGUGUCACAUUGCCCGAUUGAUUCAUUGGCGCUCAUGCAAGACACUGUUUCCAAAUUCUGCGAGCAUAUGCCAUGGAACAGACAGGACCCCAACUGAUUGAUCUGACAUGUGAACAAGGCUGGCAACAGACGAGCUGAAGCCCAGCCAAAUGGGGGUGGCUGGUGAAACAUGUGAUUGGCCAGGAUCCAGCUUCCUGCCUCAGGCCCUGGCAGCGCAUGUCGUGACUUCAGCCCAAUUAAUAUGCAGCCAAACGCCUAUCACGACCUCUUUUGAUCCCUUUUCUCUGCCUCAAGCAGCUUCUUCGGCUCUUUCAGCUGUCCAUAUAUUGCCUCGCUGUUUGGUUAUAUCCUUCUCGCAACGCUGCGCGUCUUACUUUCUUGCAUCUGAUUUCUCCGCCAACUCGUGUUGGUUUCGGCCCUCGCGCUCCCUUGCACAGGACACAGUAAUAUCGCCCCUUCCACCUUCCGGGCCCCUACGUCUUUUGCGACCUAAAUAUAUCUUAUUCUUCUAUAAGUACUUGACUUCGCUCGUGCGAAUCUGACCCCCGAAAAUCUGCGCACAUGCAGUCCUCCUCGAGCACUUCGUCUCGCUCCGCCCGAAGCCCCUCCGCCCAACAACACUUUCAUUCCGGAUCCUCGGGGAGCAGCGUCGAUACCGCCAUGACUUCACAAUCCUCCGCGCCGCGCAGUUCAUCGAGCUCGACAAGAUCACAAUCCUCGAGAAGUGGCGUGCCAAACGGACAAAUAUCCCAGAUCGAAAAGAGCGUCACACAUCUCCUUGUAGCAACAAAACAACUACUCGAGACAUUAACGCAAUGGUCCCGCAGACAAGUUUCAGAAAGUGAGGUUUCGGAUGUUUACGUACGGUUGGGAUACGAGUUCAACCUGGCCUGCCGCGCUUUCAACGCCAUCGGGGUGGACACCUCAGACCUUGGCCCUGUACCCGAUCUCCUCCGCACAAUUCUCGAAGAUACUCUCAGCCAGGAUGCGUCACCACAGAGCCUUGACCUGUUCCUCCCCCGGAUUCGUGACAUCAUAAUCAAUCUCCUCCAUGGACUUAAGAGGAAGCAAGCACGUCUGCGCUCACGGCAGCAGCGCGAAGAGGGUAGGGCGGUACCGAAUCGUCAAGCGAGUGCGGGUAGUGUAACCAGCUCAGUGGUGAACCAAACGUAUGAAGAGACCCUCUCCGUUGCUACGUCUCCGAAGCGACCAAGCCGUGCGCGCUACGAUAGUAGUGGAUCUCUAGAAGAUCAACCGCAAUCGGGGUCUCGCUCCUCUCCGGAAGCUAGAUCAGGGAGCUUCUCCGAACGGGAGGCAUCUAGGAGGGAAGCGCAGAAUGCGUUGACACAGUCGGCGCAGGACAGCGAGACGAGCUCCAAGGGGUCGGUGAAAAUAUCCGAAUACCCUCCCCCGCCGCCGCCACCACCUAAGCAGGACGAUGCUAUAGGUGCUUUGCAAAGAAGCGGGGAGUUGGAACGCCGCGCGUCUCGAAGGUUCUCUGCGUAUCAAAUCCAAAAGCAUCUAGGAGCGUCGUCCAAUGGAGUUCCUGUCAUUCCAACCCAAAACUCGCCCCUACCCAACCGAGGCCGUGAUGUUCGAGAAUCGCUAAACGCCGUGCGCCUACGAGGAUCGUACGCUCACGGACGGCAGCGAUCGACGAAUCGGUCUCAUGGAGCCAUUGAUGCAAAAGCCACCCAGCAGCAGCAGCCAUCGAGUGGUCCGGCCCCCAACGAAGAUCCUGUGAAACCUCGUGUUGAAACGCGCGCGGAACCUUCCACGAAUGGUACUCCAUCAACAGACACGGAAUCCAAGCGGCCUGCGAAAGAUGUACUUAAUCACGCUACCGACCAACCGCCAGUCCUGCCCCCGACACUGCAGGAGCCAUUCCUUGCAGAUGCUUUCGAUCCAGUCAAAGAACCUGGGUCUCGCACAGACCAGGGUCCAGUAACGCCAAAGUCAAGCAACCGACCGGUUACCGCUACGACACCAACGCCACCGCAGUCGACGCAGUUCUCGCCUGAACAGCCAUCUCCCGGGAAAGAGCUAACUUUGUUUCUCCAGUACAGAAGCAAAAUCAAGAAAUUUAUUCUUCCGGAAGGACCAACUGGCUUGACGAUUGGGAGACUUCAACUGGCAUUUAUCGAAAAGUUCGCUUGGAAUACACACAACAACGGCGUGGAUUUACCCGAAAUCUACAUACAAGAUCCUGUAUCCGGGGUCAGGCACGAGUUGGAAGAUCUAAGCGACGUGAAAGAUCGAUCUGUUCUUGUUCUAAAUGUAGAUGCUCUUGAUGAAGUCAAGAAGCAUUUUGAUGACGAAUUUGGGGGCGUCCGCCGUUUAUUGGAGAGUGUCAAAGGUGCGCUGGAUGGGCAGGAGAGUAUGAUGCAUCGUGUUUCGGAUCGGCAGUUAGAGGCGGCCAAGGAAAUCGCUCGGCUUGCCGCCGCGCCUUCCGUCUCUACGCCCAGUCCCCCAGUUGCUGGAGAGACGCAGAGAGUCCCCAUCUCAGGAAGCGCCAGCCAGCUGGCCGAGCUUUCGAGUCUGCGGCGCGAUCUAGCUGUGCUGCGCCAGACGUACUCCAACUUCUCUGCCGACAUUGCAAGCUCCAUGAGCGCGAUUCGGUCCAAAGCAGAGAGCGUCAAGACGUCGGCCACGGAUGCAUCUGUGCCAUCGUUCGAAGGAGAUGCGGGUCGUGCACGAGUCAAUUCUGGAAAGAAGGAACUUGCCGAAGAGUCUGAACGUCUGGUUGCCCGUGUUGAUGACCUCCAAGACCUCAUUGAGGACCUCCGCAAGGACGUUGUCACCCGAGGAGUGCGGCCUCUUCCAAGACAGUUGGAGACUGUGGGCAAGGAUAUCAGUGCUGCCACGAAGGAGAUCAAGAAGAUGAAGGACUUCCUCAAGCGAGAGAAGCCUGUUUGGACCAAGAUUUGGGAGAAGGAAUUGCAGCUCGUCUGUGAGGAGCGUGACCAGCUCACCAUGCAGGAGGAUCUCGCGGCUGAUCUGGAAGAUGACCUUGAAAAGGCUGCUCAAACUUUUGCUCUUGUCGAGCAAGCAACGAAGCAGCAGUCCCUACACAACACCAACGGCACCCCGACUCUGCGCAACACCUCGCGGAAUGUGGUCAUUGACCCGGCCGUCGACCCGAUGAAAGCCAAGGACAGUGUCUUGGGAGAAGUACGCGCUCUCCAGCCCAACCACGAAUCCCGCCUGGAGGCCAUAGAGAGAGCAGAAAAGGCCCGCCAGAAGGAGUUGGAGACUCGCCGCGGUGACCUCUUCCAGAAGGAACUCGGAAAGUUCGUCAAGGAGGGCAAAUUGAAGAAGAGUGGCGGGUUCGAAGAAGCCGAACGGCUCCGCCGCGCCAAAGAUGAACGCAUCCGCAAGGACAUAUGGGAGAAAGCUCAAGCUCGGGCAGCUGAAAUUGACAAGGCGGAAGCAGAGGCGUCUUCCAAUGCUGAAUCAUCCGACGCUCCUACGCCGGACACUGAAACUCCGGGUUCACCGAAAGGAAAGGCUCCGCAAUCCGAUGACGAUAAUGCCGGCGAGGAGGACAAGGACGAAGAGACUCCGAGGGCCAGUCUCACAGCGGAAUCGCCCGCUGAGUAAACUGCAUCUCCGCAGCAUCACUAUCACUUCUUGACAUUCAAUUCUUGGGCUGUGCUCAUACAUUUCCGCAUCACUUUAUACAUACGCUCCUUUUCCCCCUUCCUACAAUCCUCGCUCUUUUGCAUUUCCUUUUGGCUCUCUGCUUUUAGCUUUUUGUGCUUUGAAUUGCCUUCAUUCUUCUCAAACAUUGUUUGGGAGCGCUCCUGGCAGUCUUUGCCAAGGGCCAUUACUCGUUUGAAUGUUGACGAUACCCUGCCACAUCGUGGCCCGUUAUGACCAUUACGAUAUACGGGGAAGACUUGGCGGAUCUUACCUGUUGUCUUGCAUCUUGCUAUACCUAAUGCAUUUCAUUUCUUCUCUACCG